AUGUCUCUCCAAAUCAAUCUCUCUAGCACAGAGAUUGCGAAGGCGUACCAAGACGUUAUCGAUGGCAAUGGAAUAGAUUGGGCGAUAUUUACCUACCAAGGCGGAACAAAUGAUCUAAAGGUGCAAGCAACUGGAAAUGGAGGAUUAGAUGAGCUGGAAGAGGAGUUCUCGGAUGGAAGGAUCCAAUAUGCUUUUGUUAAAGUGGUAGAUCCUAAUAGUCAACUACCAAAAUUCGUUCAGGUCAAUUGGUGCGGUGAUGGUGUACCAGAAGCUAAAAAGGGGCUUUUCCACACUCAUUCCAGCGCUGUUUCUCGAUUUCUACGGGGCACACAUGUAGUUAUUACUGCUCGAAACGAGAAUGAUGUCACCCCUUCCCUCAUCAUGUCGCGGGUUGAGGCGGCGUCAGGGGCCAAGUACUCAAAUCAGAAGGAAACACCGCGAAAAUUCGAGCCCAUCGCUCCCGUUGGAUCCAGUUAUACUCCCGUCGGAAAGGUAGAUAUUGCGGCGUUGAAAAAAGCACCACCGCCUGCUUCCAAACCCGCAGCACCUUCGUCGUCUAGGCCGGCAUUUAGCGCACCUAAGACAUCGACGCCAUCCGCAGGAUCUCUGUACGGAAAGACCAUUCCCGGUGGUUCCGCUCCCGCAGACUCAUGGCCCGAAGAAGAGGUUGCACCAGUGUCGACACCUCCCCCGCCUCCUCCAGCAUCAUCCCGCCCACCGACCAUCCCAACCAGUAAUCGACCUGCUUUCAGCGCGUCACCUGCUUUCAGCGCGUCACCUGCUUUCAGCGCGUCACCUGCCUUCAGCGCGUCACCAGCUUUCAGCGCAUCAGUUCCCAAACAGCAGCCUACCCCCGCCUUUUCAGCAGUGCGCCCCUCUCCAGCUUCUGCGGCUGCACCUGUAGCUUCCGCCAAUGUUCCGACAAAGCCGUCUGAAGAGGACCGGAUUGAGCCUGCCAAAAGCGCCUAUACACCUGUCAGUUUGCCGACACCGAAGAAACUCAAGAAUCCGUUUGCUGCGAUGGAGCAACAAAGCGCGGCUCAAGGUUCUAACUCCCCAGCUGGCGGUACCAAAAAGUUGUCGUGGGCAGAGAGGCAAGCACUCGCGAAAAAGCAAGCAGAGGAGGAAGAAGCCAGAAGCCGCAGUGCUGCAUUUAUAGCUCCAGCUGCCUCCCCUGUUGCUAAGCCUGUCUUUAAAUCGAGUGCUCCAGCUUUCGGCAAAGCUUCAGUCCCCCAGAGUACACCGAGAAACUUUGGCAGUGUUGGUGCGGCCGCUGGUGCUGGUGUCGGGGUUGGUGCCGCUGCCGGAAUUGCAUACGCAGCUCAAUCUAGUCAACCGCCACCCCCUCCUCCUUCUGCUCCUACCAGCUAUGUCUCUGCCCGUGAAGCUGUUCAAGAAGCAGCUUGGGGUGCCGAAGAUGCUGCAGAAGAACCGGAACCAGAGCCUGAGCCGGAAUAUGAGGCUCCACCACCACCACCUCCGCCUCCACCUCCGCCGCCACCGCCUCCCCCAGCACGCGCUGCUGAGGCUGAGGUGGCAGAGCCAGAGUAUGAGGCCCCACCACCACCGCCUCCUCCUCCUCCUCCUCCUCCGCCACCACCACCACCACCACCGCCUGCUCCCGCUCCAGUCGCGCAAGUGGAACCGGAGUACGAGGCCCCACCACCGCCACCACCACCCCCGCCUCCGCCUCCUCCGCCGCCUCCGCCCGCGCCUCCAGUUGCCCAGAUGGCCGCUCUAUCUGUGGCUCCGGAACCGGAACCAGAACCAGAACCAGAACCGGUCCAUGUACCACAGUCUGGUCAAGGCAUAGUUGCAGUCGUCCUUUAUGAAUAUGAGGCAACAGAAGAUAAUGAAAUGAAUCUAGUGGAGGGAGAAUACAUUGAACAAAUUGAAGAGAUUGAUGAAGGUUGGUGGUCAGGUGUUGGUCCAGGAGGAAAGUCGGGCUUGUUCCCAGCCAAUUACGUCGAAAUCGUGGAACAUGCUCCAGAGGAAGAAGCAGCGCCGCCAGCGCCGCCUCCUCCUCCACCACCACCUCCUCCACCCGCUGCUCCCGCUGCUCCUCCCGCACCCCCUCGUGCGCCAACACCCCCUCCUGCUGAUGUUGGAAUCACUGCUAUAGCACUCUACGAUUAUGAUGCUGCUGAAGACAACGAGAUAACGUUCCGUGAAGGAGAAACGAUCACUGAGAUUGCACCUGCCUCAGAAGAUUGGUGGCAAGGCAAAAAUCCUCGUGGCGAAAUCGGCCUCUUCCCUGCGAACUACGUGGAGGUUCAAGGAGAGGAUUGA